CUGAAGUCGCGCAGUGUUUCAGUCCAAUUGACAGAUGGAAGGAAGCGCUCUGUUGUGGAAACUCUACCGUGAGUGAUACUUUUACAAUUGCGUUAUGUUGCUUGCUUUUGAGGUUUAGGGCCCUUAGAUCAGUCUUAGAUCAGUCUACACCAACACCAACAGCCUCCGUUGUUAGUAGGUAUAGCCUACUGAUCCUACGGUGAGCUAUCUGAGUGAAACUGGUGAUGGCCAAUAGCAUGAUGAUAUGUGGGUGUUCGCUGUGCCAGCUUGUGAAACUGGAAGUACACGUUGGAUGUCCCUGAGUAUGGACGCUGUCAUGCAACAAGCAUGUCUAUCCAAGAGCUCGUGCUGAGACAACGCACAGAGAUCCUACAUGCGCUGUGCAGCAGCGGGUCGGCUGAACAUCUGGAGCGGGUGCUGGACAUUCUGCUGUCCCAGGGGGAGCUCAUAUUCGAGGAAUACCAGAACAUACAGGUACCGGGCAGAGCACUGUAUACCAACACCAGACAGUUGCUCGACCUGGUUUAUAUAAAGGGAGUGGACACCUGCGUGCUCUUCUAUGCCGCUCUCCAACAGGUGCUGCCUGAAGGGCAGCGAACUGGCUUCUCAUUUUCAGAAUGCGGUUCAAAUCCAGAGGAAAAGAAAGAAGAAUACCAGAGCACAUGUACUCAGAGUCUUCUGACUCAAAGACCAAGCCUGGUCAGCAAGCUACAAGGCUGCAUUGAGGAUGCACUAAAAGCUCUCGUCAUAUCAGGACACUUUACCUCCGCAGACUGCGAGGAAGUGCGGCUGCCUAUACACACGCCCUCUCAGCAGGCAAGGCGUUUGCUUGACCAUGUCAGAUCAAAAGGAGAAUCAGCGGCGAAGGUUGUACAGCAGUACAUUCAGGAAAAACAGGAAUCUGGAUUUUCGCUCAACCAGGACAAUUGGACUCCUCCCAAAGAGGUCUUAAAGUAUCAGAAGAAGCUCAGCAGUUCUGUGUCUGCUCAGUCCUGCUUUCUCAGUACUUAUGGAGGGACCAGCCACAUGUCUCUGGAUGACAUCUACACUGAGGGCCAGCUGGAACUAGCUCAUAACUGCAAUGAUGUCCAUGGACCUUUGGGCCUGAAGGACAUAGUUGGUACAGCGGGUACAGUGAACGAGGAGGCCGACACAGUGCUGGUGUCUGGGGAUGCGGGCGGUGGGAAGAGCACCUUACUCCAGAGGCUGCACUUGCUUUGGGCUCGGGGGACAGCCCUUCAGGACUUCCUCCUUCUGUUUCCAUUCAGCUGUCGCAAGUUGAAUUCAGAGCAGCAGGAACUGUCUGUCCAGGAAUUGCUGUUUCACCACUGCUGCUGGCCAGACAGGGAGCAGGAGGAUAUUUUCCAGUUCAUCCUGGACCACCCACAGCUCAUCCUCUUCACUUUCGAUGGCCUGGAUGAGCUCAAGCAGGGCUUUUCAGAUGAGCACAGGCUCUGUUGCCCCACUCAGCGUGCACCUGUUCACAUACUCUUGUUCAACUUGAUCCAGGGUUCCCUAAUGAAGGGUGUGCGGAAAGUGGUGACUAGUCGCCCAGAGGCAGUGGGCCCUGUGUUGAAGAAAAACCUCCGCAAAGAGAUCCUCCUGAUAGGCUUUACCCCAAGUGGGAUUGACUGUUUUGUGCGGAAGCAUCACCGUGACCCCACUGUGGCUGCUAAUGUUUUGGAGUCCCUACGGACAAACACCGCUUUACUUGGACUGUGCCAUAGUCCAGUCCUCUGUUGGAUUGUAUCACAGUGCCACAAGGAGCUGCUAGGUUGUGGAGAAGGCAGCCCACAAACAAUCACAGACGUUUUCCUUAUGAUCUUACAGCACUUUUUCCAGCACCAAAGCUCCCAUAGCACCAUGGGGUCAGGUUGGCUUCACGAACACCAAAACACAGUCUUGCAUCUCGGGCAGCUUGCCUUUGAGGGAAUAGAAACAAGCUGUUACAUCUUCUCAGGUACAGCCCUUGAGACAUGUGGUGUAACUGAUACGGACAUCUGCAUGGGCUUUCUCAUACAAAGCAAAGAUUUGUCCUCCACCCACAGUAAACGCUUUGAAUUUCUUCAUGUGAUUAUGCAAUGCUUCUUUGCUGCUCUGUACAUUGUUUUGUCAAAUAACACUGACCGUUCAACUAUCAUUAAGCUCUUUGAGAUGCAGAACAUGACAGGUCUGAGGAGCAGCACAUGCUUCGGGGUCUGCUUGCCUUCCACUGACCAACAAGAGCAGGCUUUAAAGGGGGAAGCUACAUCUGCUAAAACACCAAAUCUGCAAAUCACAGCCACCUUUGUGUCUGGACUAUUGUCCCAGCGCCAUCGUAGCCUGUGGCUCCACUGCUGCUCCAGUGCAGUGAUGGAGAAGAGGGUCAAACAGGUGGUGACAUGCCUGUCCAAAGGCAUGCAUAAACAUUUUAAGUCUAUCCCUCAACCUGUUGAGGGGGAGAAAAAGAGCAUGCAUGCAAUGCCAGGCUUCGUCUGGCUUAUCAAAUGCAUCUAUGAGAUGCAGGAGAGCAGGAUUGCUAAAGACGCCAUGAGUAAGCUGGAGGUGGACCACCUGAAACUGACCUACUGUAACAUUGGUCCUGUAGAGUGCACUGCUCUAGCGUAUGUGCUCCAGCAUUUAAGGAAUCCUGUUGGCCUCCAGCUCGACAACAACUCUGUAGGUGAUGUUGGAGUGGAGCAGCUUCUUCCCUGCAUGCCCAUUUGCAAUUCCCUGUACCUCAGAAAUAAUAACAUUACAGAUGAGGGAAUUCGCAAACUGCUUGCUAAAGGUAUCCAGUGUGACAGCUUCCGGAAAAUUGCGCUUUUCAACAACAAGCUAACUGAUGCUUGCACACAGCACUUUUCUCAUCUUCUGAAGACCAAGCAGGAUUUCAUUUCUCUUAGGCUUGGCAACAAUAAUAUAACAGAAGAAGGAGCAAAGCAGCUGGCAGAGGGACUGAAAUACAACCAUUCACUACAGUAUUUAGGGCUUUGGGGCAACAAGAUAGGAGACGCAGGAGCAGAGGCUGUUGCCAGUGCUCUAGAAAACAGCACAUCUCUGGUGUGGCUUAGUCUGGUUGGCAAUGGUGUGGGGAGUGCUGGAGCAUGUGCCCUCGCCAACAUUAUCAAGAACAGCACGUCACUGGAAGAGCUUUGGUUAACAGAGAACUGCAUAACCAGAACAGGGGUGGAAUGCCUGAUUCAAGCCCUAGCACACAAUACUCGCAUGAAAUCAGUAUGGUUGAUAAACAAUGACCUCAGUUUGGAGGAGGUGGAGGAGCUGACACAACGGGAAUCAAGACUGAUCUUCUGAUUUGGGUAUAAAGUUGGCCAAGGACUGUGUAUUGCUUUAAGAACUUUUCUAUUUAUUAUCGGAAAUAUUUAUAUAAAAAUGUUUGAUGGUUGUAUCCUGGUUUUCUGCUUACAGGAAUAAAAUGACACUUUUCAGGGUUUAUCCAAAUACACAAAAUAUAUCCACCUUUGUUUUGGGUUUCUUUUGUAGGUGUAGGUUGUGAUACGAUCACAUAAAACCACACCACCACUACCACCACCACUGUUACUACUACUACUGAAGCACUUUGAAU